AUGGGCCUUCGCUCGCGCCUUCAAGCACGAUUCAUGGGGUGGCGUCACAACACUCCCUUGCCGAAGUUGGAUGAAAAAGAUACCGCAGUGAUUUUUCAGUCCUGGCAUGAAUUCGACUCAUCUUCCAGCCGAUGGAUCCAGCUGAGCGCUAAGAAGAGCACUGCCGGAUCGUACUCGACCCAGUCAGCUCAAGAUAUCCCUCUGGCGCUUGUUACUUGGAAUAUCAAUGGCACAGACCUGGCUCCAGACAUCCGUACGUCCGCCAUUGUCACGCAUAUUCGGGAUAUGCGUCCGGUCAUGGAUGUUAUAUUCCUCCAGGAGGUCACUCGGACUACUCUUUCAGUUCUAUUAGCGAUGCCCUGGGUUCGUGAGCAAUGGUAUUCUAGCGAAGCUGACGCGACCAGCUGGGGUCACCAGUCUAUCUCGACGAUGACACUCCUCUCGAAAUCACGCUUCCACGGCCUAAAAUGUACUCCUGAGAGGGCAGCGCUUAGUGCGGUUUGGAGAGUCCCUUUUCCCAGCCAUUUUGGGAGGGACGCUCUUUGCUGUGACAUCUUCUUGCCAAUUUGCACCCCGAGCGAAUGUAAGAAGUCGGUUCCCGGAUCCCAUGCUCGCAUUCGUCUCGUCAACGUUCACCUCGACUCCCUCGCGAUUCAGCCUUCCUAUCGGCCUCGCCAGCUAUCCAUCAUUGCCUCUUACCUUCGCGCAGCCGGCCGUGGUCUUGUGGCUGGUGACUUCAACCCGGUGCUUCCAGAAGAUGACUCGCUCAUUAAUGAAAACAACCUUGUGGACGUGUGGACCGAACUCCGCCCUAAUGACCCUGGUUUCACCUGGGGUAUCGACGGUAAGCAGGCAUACCCGGCGAACCGGCUCGACAAGGUUGCCAAACUCGGAUUGAAAACCCACGAAAUCGAGGUGAUACCACCAGGAACUUGCACAUACGCAUAUGCAGCCGAGAACCGACCUGAAGAACGGGAGCACAAGUGGAGCGAUCACUGUGGCCUUAAGUGUUCUUUCGGAUUAGGCGACUAAGCCUUUGUGCGCCUCCAUGGUAUUUCAGCACAUUCAGUCGGGACAUCGAGGGCGGAUAUGCGAAGGGUCAUCGUCUCAAAUAUGGGCUCUAGAUGUUUAGAAAUUACACGCUUUCUUUCCAUGCCUGAGGCCAUCGAUUUAUGGCCAUAGCGCGCAGUUGUAUUUCUAAAUUUUUCCUCCAUGGAGGAGUGUGGUAAUUGUAUGGGAAUGCGCCUUUUACCUACCAAGGGUGUUUAUUGUCAACCACAAUAUUGUUUGUCGGCCAUGCAAAACUCUUGCUAUUUUAUCAAAAGUGAGUUAUGGAAGCUUAGCAAGUACAGAGUAGAAAGCCUGAGGUUGACUCUGUCAGCCGAAAAAUGCAUACAUACUACAUACCAGCAA